GUAUAAGCCCAUCGAUAAUUCGCAAGUAGAACAUAAAGUUUAAAUAGCUGACAAAGCCGAUUGUUGUCCUAGAACCUCUUACCAACUCCACAAUUUAAAUAAAAAUGAAACUCUUCUGUUUAUUAAUAUCUUUAUUCUUUAUGGAAGUUUUGGCACCUUAUGAUCGUUAUAUGGAAUUAGUUCACAUUACAACUAUUGGCAUCAAACUUGCUUAUGAAAAGAAUGAUUUAACUAUAGGAGGUAGAUCUGAAGCAAAUGGAUUGGAGUAUCUAAUAGAGACAAUGGUUGAUAAUGUCAAUAAUGACCUGACCUACCAAAAUUUCCGCCAUAUUAAUUUUUUGACAGCUGUACUGGAUCAUCCAGAAAUUCUCUUGAGAAGAACAGAAGUCUAUGAUGAUUUAUUCGACAAAAUGAUUCAAGACAUAGAGAGUAAAUUAGGAAUUGAUAUGCCAGGAGAUUAUUUCGGUGUUGAGAAAAAAUUGGAAAACCUUGCAAACAUGAGAAGAGACUUUGUUGCUUGGUCUUUAAAAAGUAUAAUCAGACGUCGUAUGCUAGGAUCUGUACAGGAUGUUAUAUCGUUACCCAAUUGUCGUUUGCUCGGAAUAUACUGGAGUACACUAAGUCCAGAAUCAUACAUAAGCGAAGUUAACAUUGACUCGCCUAGCCGUACAUGUAUCAUAACAAGUUGUUCUGCUACCGAAAUGACAUUCAGGAAAAUCGGUGCUACAUGGUCAGUUUUUAGCUCAUAUGGCCUUGACAAUACACUCGAGUAUUACUUACAACACGGACGUCCACAAACUGCACCCACAUACUAACCCAUUGUCAGAAAAACACUGGCAUCCUUAUUUUGUUCUUUACGUAAUAUAUUAUAGUUCAUCAUAUUAUUAUCACUAUAUACACUAUAAAAUCAGAAAUUUUAA